AAGUGGCGGCUGAUCUGGGUCCGCACCUUUUCCGGUAACACAGCACCGCCACCGCUGUGACUGAACGGCUGGAGAGAGAGAGGGAGGAAGAGAGACAGAGAGCGGCAAGAGCGGGGAGAAACGGCCCGGGGACUGGGGGAUGAUUGCCGCAGACGUAGGGGGAAGAGAAGAAAGUCGGAUGAAUCAAUGACCUUUUGAACGCUCUUCCUGUGGGUGUCCCGGUGCAGAAACGGACCGGAGAGCUUAUAAUUGGGUUUGUUUUGAUACGAAGAACACUGUGCUUUGAAAUCAAUCGACUGGAAUUGGUUAAGGGCAAAUGUGGACAGCCGUCAGCCAAGGAGGAAGUGGGAACCCCGGGCUUGGACAGGGCCUGAUUUAUAUAGAAGGCUAGGCAAAAAAAGAAGCUACUCUGUAUCAAGUCCAGCUCAACUAAGAGUGAGGGGGUUUUGACGGAGAAGAAAGACUUGAAAUGUGGAUUUUGAACGAAGUCUGUGAUCAACCGCUAGUUUGAAAUAAGGGAAUGUCAUUUUUUCUUCUAACAUCGGAGAGCAGUGGAUCAUGAAAAUAUAUCUCCACCCAAUUCUGCGAGGGCUACACACAUACUGCUGCCAUUGAAGUCACCCGCUCAGGUCAGAUCAUCCAGCUAAUUGUAGUCCGUUAUCCUACAGUACAAACUUGAGAGUCACCGCCUUUUGAAUAUUGACACUCGUGUCAAAACCCAGCGCUGCCAUCACGUGGAGGGCUUUCGGCACACACUGAUACUGUAACUUCUCAGUUGUAUUGAAAACAACUUUUAUUUUGCUCUCAUAAGAGAAGUCUUGUUUUUUCUUCUAACAAAGUAUUGAUGCACAGCAAACAAGAUGGGGAAAGUGCUGUCAAAGAUCUUUGGCAACAAGGAGAUGAGAAUAUUGAUGCUUGGACUUGAUGCUGCUGGUAAAACUACCAUCCUGUACAAGCUGAAGCUGGGACAGUCGGUCACCACCAUUCCCACCGUUGGCUUCAACGUGGAGACUGUCACCUAUAAGAAUGUGAAGUUCAACGUGUGGGAUGUGGGGGGACAGGACAAGAUCAGGCCACUCUGGAGACAUUACUACACAGGCACCCAGGGCCUCAUUUUCGUGGUGGACUGCGCAGACAGGGACAGGAUCGACGAGGCGAAGCAGGAGCUCCACCGAAUCAUCAACGAUCGGGAGAUGAGGGACGCCAUCAUCCUGAUCUUCGCCAACAAACAGGACCUCCCAGACGCCAUGAAACCCCACGAGAUCCAGGAGAAGCUAGGCCUGACCCGGAUCAGAGAUAGGAAUUGGUACGUUCAGCCCUCGUGUGCAACAACAGGGGAUGGACUAUACGAGGGCCUGACCUGGCUUACCUCAAAUUACAAAUCUUAAUGUUUCUCCCUUCACCAGCCUGGACACUUGGAGGCAAAAAAAAGUAGCCGAUAAUGAAAACAUGAGUUGAAAAUAAAAAUGCAAUCUGAAGCAAUUAAUACCAUGACCUCUCUGCUGAGUGUAUAUCAAAGAGAGUAGCAAUUAUAUUUUGUUUUAUUUUCCCUUUUUGAUAAUGACUUCAAUAUAACCUCAGAUUUCAUUUAAGCAAAAGACAAUUUAUUUUUUUGGCUGGCUUUAUUUUUUUGUAGUUUGCUUUGGUUCACAUUCUGUAUAAUCAGUGCUGUUUAAAUAUACAACACGCUUACUCUCCAGCUCUUCUUUUGUUCUCCUCCCUUUUGUAUAAUUUCUUUUAGGGGACUUUUUUGGGACACACACUUAUACUUUUGCGCCUGCUUAACUCUCAUUCAGUAUUCUCAUGACCCAGCUACAUAUCCAAAGGAUGGGAAAGUCCAAAAACCAUUGCCUACAUCAGCAUAUCACUUUCAUGGCUCAAACUGCCUCUGUAAUUUGUAAGAAUGUGUAUUCUGGAUAUGUUAGGACCUCGAAAAAAAACUAAACUGUUUUCAUAAUUGAUUGUACUGGGAUGAUAGAGGAAAUGUGUUUGUUCUUAUUUCCUGUGCAGUGAUUACAUCCAUCAUGUCUGCUGUGGCGGUUUGUUUGAAAGACACUAUGUGGACGCUGGAUUUUCACACACACACACACACUGUGAUAUGGAUAUAUAUUUUUGUUGUUUCAGGGUCUGAAUCUGUUAACACCAGUCUCUGCCUCCUUUGUUUCUCCCAGAGCUUCCAUUACUGUUGAGUAUUUGUAGUUUCAGCUGCCUUAGGAGGAGACCCGGGUUACAGGUGCCCCAAAAUCAAGACAGUUACUGCGGCAGAAGGUAUUCUCAACUGCUGAGUUUGCACUUUGGGAGAGGGGGGGGGGGUUAACCAGCUAGCUGGCUGUGCACAUUUUAGAUUUUCUGUGACUGACUUUUGGACCCCAGCAAGUGUUAACGAUAAUCCCAACCCCCCCACCACCUCCAAUAUAGGUGCUUUAGUGUCUGCAACCCUGCUCUUUUCUUUUUUUACCCAUCAUCCUCUGCCUGUACUCCUAAGUUCCUGCAGACACACACCAUCUCUCUGUUAAUAUUCCAUAGAUACUGCUCUGUUUAAUUUUUGUUCCCUAUUCUUUUGCUAUGCUGAUGAAAUAAUAAAAAAAUAUAUCCAGAUCA